AUGACUAACACCAACAUUACCAUCUUCCAUCCCACUGUUUUUGUCCUACUUGGCAUCCCUGGGUUGGAGGUGUAUCACGUGUGGUUGUCUGUCCCCCUUUGCUUCAUGUAUGUCACUGCAGUCCUGGGGAACAGCAUCUUGAUCGUGGUCAUCGUCACAGAACGUAGCCUUCACGAGCCCAUGUAUUUCUUCCUCUCCAUGUUGGCCAUCACAGACAUCCUGCUAUCCAGCACCACGGUGCCCAAGGCUCUGGCCAUCUUUUGGCUCCAUGCUCACAACAUUGCCUUUGAUGCCUGUGUCACUCAAGUGUUCUUUGUGCACACAAUGUUUGUGGGGGAGUCAGCUAUCCUGUUAGCCAUGGCCUUUGACCGCUUUGUGGCCAUCUGUGCCCCACUGAGAUACACAACGGUGUUAACAUGGCCUACUGUCCGCAGGCUUGCUCUGGCCAUUGUCAUCCGAAGCUUCUGUAUCAUCUUCCCGGUGAUCUUCUUGCUGAAGCGGCUGCCCUUCUGUCGGACUAACAUCGUCCCCCAUUCGUACUGCGAGCAUAUCGGAGUGGCUCGUUUAGCUUGUGCUGACAUCACUGUUAAUAUCUGGUAUGGCUUCUCGGUGCCCAUUGUGAUGGUCAUCUUGGAUGUGAUCCUCAUUGCUGUGUCUUAUUCACUCAUCCUCCGUGCGGUGUUUCGUUUGCCUUCCCAGGAUGCUCGGCACAAGGCCCUCAGCACUUGCGGGUCCCACCUCUGCGUCAUCCUCAUGUUUUAUGUUCCUUCCUUCUUUACCUUACUGACACAUCGUUUUGGGCGCAACAUUCCUCGACAUGUCCAUAUUCUCUUGGCCAAUCUUUAUGUGGUGGUGCCGCCAAUGCUCAACCCCAUUGUCUAUGGUGUGAAGACAAAGCAGAUCCGGGAGGGGGUAGCUCAUUGGUUCUUUGACAUCAAGACUUGGUGUUUUUCGCCUGCCCUGGGCUGA